AUGGCCGCACAACCACCAGAGGUGGCGUCGGCCGCAGAGCCAACGUAUUCCGACGCCAUCUCGUUGCUCAAUUCGACGCAGACAGGGUACAAGGUGCUCGAGGCGCGGCGCAAGGCCGGCAUCAGGCUCGACACAACAGACGACCCAAUUGCGCAGAUGAAGGCAUGGCUGGGCUACAUUGGGCAUGCGCCAAAGGACCUUGACCGGCUCAAUGUUGUGCACGUCGCCGGCACCAAGGGCAAGGGCACGACAUGCGCAUUUACCAACUCGAUCCUGGAGCGAUACCGUUCCGCAUCGGCAACGUCGGCGUCGUCGGCGCCGUCGCUGCACAAGAUUGGCCUCUACACAUCGCCCCAUCUGGUGGCCGUGCGCGAGCGCAUCCGCAUCAACUCGGAGCCCAUCUCAGAGGCGCUGUUUACGCGCUACUUUUUCGAGGUGUGGCGCGCCUUCGAGGCCGGUGCCACGGCCAGCGGUGCCGACCCAGCCAUCAAGCCGUCGUACUUUCGCUUCCUGACACUGCUGUCGUUCCACGUGUUUUUGCGCGAGGGCGUCGACGCCGCCAUUUACGAAGUAGGCGUGGGCGGCGAGCUGGACGCGACCAAUGUCUUUGUGCAGCCGGCAGCGACGGCCAUCACGACGCUGGGCAUCGACCACGUGGAGACGCUGGGUGCGACCGUCGACAAGAUUGCCUGGCACAAGGCGGGCAUCCUGAAAGAAGACUGCCCAGCCUUUACGAUCCCGCAGGACCCGUUGGCGAUGGCCGUGCUGCAGCAGCGGGCGGCGGAGCGCAAGGUGGCGGCGCCUGGCCUGCGCGUGCUCGAGCCGGAGCUGUACACGAAGCAGCUGGCCAAUGUGCGCCUGAUGCCAGCCGAGGAGUUCCAACGCAAGAACGCGGCCGUGGCCGUGUCAUUAGCGGCAACGGUGCUCGGCCGGAUAGGCGUGACAGGCGACGACAACGGGGAUGUGGUCGGCGUGCUGACGGGCGGACCUCUGCCGUCACAAUUUGUCGACGGCUUGGAGCAAGUCGUGUGGCGUGGGCGGUGCGAGACCAAGGUGACGGGUCGGCAGCGGUGGUACCUGGAUGGGGCGCACAAUCAGCAGAGCCUGGAGGUUGCGUGUCAAUGGUUUCGUCGAACCAUCUCCGGCGAAAAGCCAUCCAGAAAAACGAUCAAUGUCCUCAUCUUCAACCAGCAGUCGACACGCGAAUCGAUAGAGCUUCUGCAUGUGGUGCACAAGACGCUGUUCGACGUGACGUUUGGGUAUGCCAUCUUCUGCACGAACGUCACGUACAAGAACAACUCGUGGAAGGUGGACUUUGUCAACAACAACGUUGACCCAGCGUUAAUCAAGAGCCUGUCGUUGCAGCAAGAUCUGGCGGGUGAAUGGCGGAAAAUCAGCCCCAUGACCGAAACGGUGACGGCGAUGCCAACAAUCGAAGAUGCCAUCGACUACGUGCGCCAGAUCGAGGGUGGCGACGUCGACGCGCGCGUGCUCAUCACGGGCAGCUUCCACUUGAUCGGCGGUGCCCUGACGAUCCUCGAGGAUGGCGAAGACUUUGCCCUGGCUAACAUGUCGGCGGCGAAGUAG